AUGGCCGCGCUCGCGGCGCCCGCAGAGGACGCAGCGGAGGGCGCCGGGCUGCGCAUGCGCCGCAGCGGCCCCGGCCGGCGGGCCGGCAGCAGUGCGCACCAUUUUAUUGUAUCACCUAGUGAGAACAACAGGAAAAUUGUAACAUCCAUGAAGCAAGGUCAAGUAUCUGGGCUUCAAGGACUUGUGAACCUGACAUAUGCUUUGAAGGAAACUGAUCAAAGAGAGUGGUUUCCACUGCACAAGGUUGCAGUUCAGCCAAUUCCACAAGUAUUUGAAGUCACUUUAGAUGCAUCUUAUGAAUCAAUGUGGCAAUAAAAAACAUGCAAUGAAACAGCACUAACUUUGGCAGCAAAAACUGGCUUUGUGGAAAAUGGGUAAAUGAUCCUGGAAAAGGGUGUUUAUCCCAAUAAUGAUUUACAAGGAGAAACUUAUUGGUCAACAAUGCAAGAAGCUGCAAAACAGAGAUGCAAAGACAUUGUUGACAUUCUGAAGAAUGCUGGAAAUGUGAACAUUAAGGACAAAUAUUGGGUAAGACCAUUAGGGGUUACGACUGAAUGUGAUCACUGUGAUGUGCUGGAGCAUCUUAAUCAUAAAGGUGGACAUGUCAAGGCCUUAGCAGAUGAUCGUGUACCAGUAUUGUUUUAAGCAGCUCGAGGACUCAGUCUGGACUGCAGAGCUCUGCUUCUGAAAUCUGGAGGAAGUGGCAAUGAGCCUGGUGAGGCAGGGCUGCUUCCCUUACACAAAAUGGCUUAUGAGGGGCAUCACCUGGGCAGGAAGUAUCUCUUUGCAGCCACAUCCCAAACUUUAAUCCAGGAAAGUGGGUCAAGCACUGUUCAUUCUGCUGUAGACAGCCAGAACCAGUGUCUAGAGCUUGUCAUUGAAAAUGGUUUGGAUGUCAACACUCUCUUGUCUGAACACAUAACUUCAAAUACUUAUGAUGACAGAAGAGAGACUGCACUUUGUCAUGCUGUUUCUAGUAAUGAGAUUCUUUGCACCAAAAUAUUGCUCAAAGCAGGAGCAAAUCCAAACAAGGAUCCUUUAAACUGUGUUCUUGUAGCAGUGAGAGCUGACAGCCAUGGAAUUGUAAAACUACUCCUAUCUUGUGGAGCAGAUGUCAACUUAAUUUUGUUGCUUAAUGAUACACAUUUCCCCAGUGCAUGGUAUUCUUUGAAUGGUGACAUGAUGCUGAGGCUGUUGCUCAGUCAUGGAUAUAAUGUGAAGAUGUGUUUGGACUUUAUGUGUCAGGGUAUCUUUGGAAAUUCUUUUGUGUGGCCAGCUCCAGAGCUCGAGCCUAUUCCCAGUUGGACUACUUCUUCAAUAAAUAAUAAUCAGUUCUGUGAGGUUAUCGCUGUUCUGUGACUGAGACAUUUAGCUGGAAAAGUGCUUGUGCUUUUUACAGAUUACACAGAUUAUGUGCCUCUAAGCACAAGAAUUCAGUUUUUCAUAGAAACACAGAAAAAAUGA